AAAGGACUGAAACAGGGAGCACUGCUUGCGCACUCUGAUUUGCCUGUAACACAAACAUGGGUAAAUCCACACCCAACACCUUCCCAAUCUGCAGGAGCCACAAACUGGGAAACCUGGGGAGCAAGAGUCUGGGGCCAAUAUGGUCUCCAUACAUACUGGGAAGUUUUUUACGCGGCUGAAUUUGAUCAGAUUCCUCUCUCUCCUGCUGCUGGGAACGGUGUACCUGUCCUACGUCCUGAUUGGAGGGGUGGUCUUCUGGAAGCUGGAAGGAGAACAGGUCGAGAGCCAGAUAACUAUUCUAAAGGAGAAGAGGAAUACUCUGUUCCAGGUUUACCCAUGUCUCAGUCAACAAGGUCUGGAGGAACUGGCAGAGUUAAUCCAGGCGGCCACUAAGAACGGACUCAGCCUGAAAGGAAACCACACAACCGGAGGCUUCUUUAAAUACACCAGCUCUGCUGUGUUCGCCGCCACCGUCGUUACAACCAUCGGUUAUGGAAAUAUGAGUCCCAGUACAACACCCGGUCAGAUCUUCUGUGUGAUCUUCGCCAUCUUUGGAAUUCCUCUAAACAUGGUGGUCUUGAAUCGAGUGGGAAAGUACAUGCUGGCUAUCGAGAGAAAAUUCUGCAAUUUCAUUGCAACAAAGACCAACUGCCAGAAAUUUAUGAGGGUUUCCAUCCACUUCCUGUUCUUCCUCAUCUCGUCAGUGCUGUAUUUCAUGGUUCCCAUGCUGCUGUUUAAACAGUAUGAGGGCUGGACGUACGCUCAGGCCAUCUACUACUGCUUCAUCACCCUCAGCACCAUCGGCUUCGGAGACUACGUCGCAGACUAUAACCCUGAUAAGGAAUAUCCAGACUGGUACGGCUGUAUUAUGGGAGUUUGGAUAUUCUUUGGUCUGGCUUGGCUCGCUUUAGUCAUCAAUCACUCCAUCGAUCUGCUGGAGGGCUUUAAUACUUACAUUAAAUCAGAGAGAAUCGCUGGAAACAGAAAUCCUCUAUCAGAGGGGGAGAAAGAGAAGGAGCUGCCAGAGACGCAAGAGAAACCGGAGAAAGAAACUGGACAUUAGAGUCGCAGAUUAGUCUGAUUGAGUUUAUAAAUGUACAUACAUUAAUAAAUGUUUUAUUUUAUUUUAUUUUAUUUUAUUUUCAUCUGGUCACAAAGAUCAGACUGAAUAUCAGACCAUAAAACAACACGACUACAGAACAAACAGACACACCACUAGGUCAGUCUUGUAUCCUUUAUUAAUGAACUGUAAAUAUAUACUGUAUGUAUGUUGUGUUUUUCUCUCAUAUGUUCAUCAUUUGAGGGAAAGUGGUUUGUAUAGACCUGUACAGCUGUUUCAAACCUUAUUUAUUUAAGACUCUGAUUCCCAGGUAUGACAGCUAAAAAAACUGCUGUUACAGUAGUUCACUUAAAGUACAAUGUAUCAAGUUAAAAUAAAUUAU